AUUCCUAAUUGUAGACCGGAACAAAUGUUACUGUGUGUAUGGAGAUUGAUGUCGUCUUGGUUUUGCAAUUAAAGACAUUAAAUUAGCAUGAAAUCAGUUGCGAGGCGUUUUGCUUCCGCUCUCAAGAGCAAGUAUUCAAGUCAGGCAGCUUUAAAAUCUGCACCAACAAAGCCAAGUUUGGCCCCGCAAGAUGUCAAGAUUUCUCAUCUCCCUAAUGGUGUCGUUGUGGCCUCAGUUGAGAACCUGUCCCCGGUAACAAGAGUGGCCGUUUUGUACAAUGCAGGAUGCAGAUACGAAGAUUAUGAUAACCAAGGUGUAACUAACUACCUCAGGAUGCUUGCAACUCAGAGUACCAAGAAAGCAACUGGAUUUGGGAUUUCGAGGACCAUUCAACAAAUUGGUGGAAAUAUAACAUGUACGACGAACAGAGAACAGGUGAUAUAUUCAGUCGAAGCACUUCGUAGUCACUUAGAGGAAGCACUGACAAAUUUGGACUAUGUAGCCAAUGCAACUGCCUUGAAACCUUGGGAGAUCAGUGACAUCAAGCCACAUCUGAUUUUGGAGAGAGAUCAUUUCGAACAAUGCCUCGAUGCAAAACUGAUAGAGCAUUUACACAGAGCAGCUUACAGGGACACCUUAGGACAGUCUCUAUACAUCAGCAGAGACAAAAUUGGAAGCAUCACUGAAUGCCAAUUACAAGAAUUUGUCAGCUCUCACUAUGUCUCGCAUAAUGCAGCUGUUGUUGGCAUUGGAUUGGAUCACGAGCAGCUUCUUCACUAUGCCAAAAAUUUCCACUUUGUUCAAGGCAAGCCUCCAACACCUCAGAAGGCUGUUUAUCAUAGAGGCGAGAUCAGAGAAGACAUCAAAACGAAAUAUUCAUACGUUGCCUGUGUGACAGAGGGGCUGGGUUUCGCCAGUCCUGACAUGUUGCCCCUUUCACUUCUCCAACACUGCAUCGGGAUUGGUCCGUCUGUCAAGUAUUCGUCCAACCAGGUUUCAAAGCUCUACAAAGCUGCAUCUGCUGCUGCUACUGGACCGUUUGCUGUUAGUUGUAUCAACACUAACUACUCAGACUCUGGUUUGUUUGGAUUGAAUUUGGUUUCAGAAGCAAAGGAUUCUAGGAAGAUUUUGAAGGCUCUUUUCUCUGUCAUGAAUCAGGCUGCUAAGGGAAAGAUUACAGAUGCAGAAGUUCAAAAAGCCAAAAACCACCUGAAGGCCACGUUGCAUCAGUACAAUGAGAAUUCAACAGAAGCUUUGGAGUGGCUGGGCAUUGAAGUGCUGCUCAGUGGUCAGUACCUCACGCAGAAGCAACUGGACAGUGCCAUCGAUAAGAUAUCUCUUGAUGAUGUUGUCAAGGUUGCCAAGAAAGUGAUCACCGGCAAGCCAUGCGUUGCUGCAGUUGGCAACCUCUCACACACUCCCUACCUAGAUGAACUUUUCACGCAAUAAAUAAAUUGUUACGAGGACUCAAUAUUAAGGCAUGUGACGCCAGAAUUUCUUAGCCAUUAAAUUUUCAACGUCUUCGUUUUCAGUGACACUCGAAUGUAUUUGUUGAAAUGUAACGUAGAGCAUGCUGACAGAUUGGGAUGAUGAAAUGGCAAGUUUGAUGCUCAUUAGCGAUUCUUUUGUAGGUAGGUGAUUAAUACAAUUGUUAAUAAGAAGGAUUGUUAACUAAAAUAGAAAUUUUAAAUUUUACCAUUUGUUGCUUAAAUGAGUUGAUAUCACGAGAUGUUUGUUAAAUAAAAUAUUUAUCCAAAUAA